AUAAUCUACAGUUGACAUUGCAAAGUUUUAGACGGGAUUAUAAAGCAUAAACCCCCAACUACUCAUAACUCUUAACAUGUACCACAUUCCCACAAAUGACUUCCAAUCUUCAUUUUCUUAUCAUACCCUUAAUGUGCCCAGGUCACCUCAUCCCAAUGGUAGACAUGGCCAAACUCAUAGCACAACACUCCGUCACAGUCACCAUAGUCAUCACACCCCGAAACGCCGAACGCUAUGCCACGGUCCUCCACCGCGCCAUAGCGUCUGGCCUUCCGCUUAAACUCCUCCAGCUCCGGUUCCCAGCCUCUGACUACGGGUUACCCGAUGGAUGUGAAUGUGUAGACGAUCUACCGACGUUCAAACUAAACAAAAACUUCAUAGAUGCAUGUGCAACACUUCAACAACCACUAGAAGAUAUGUUUAACAACCUCAAACCUACACCAUGUUGCAUCAUUUCAGACAAAAAUUUAUCCUGGACGGCAGAUGUUGCUAACAAGUUUCGAAUUCCGUGGGUUGUGUUUGAUGGGAUGAGUUGUUUUACUCAGUUAGCAACACACAAUUUAUGGGUAUCCAAAAUUCAUGAAAAGUUUGGUGAUUUGGAUCCAUUUGUGUUGCCCGGUUUACCAGAUAACAUAUCCAUGAUGAAGUCACAACUUCCCGGAUUAUUUAAUCGGGGAAGUAGUGCAAAAGCGAAGGAAUUGAAAUCCGUACGUGAACGGAUUAGGGAGGUGGAGUUAGGAGCAUACGGGACGCUUAUAAACAGUUUUGAUGAAUUGGAAACAAAAUAUGUUGAUGAGUUUAAAAAGAUAAAAGAAGGUAGAGUUUGGUGUAUUGGGCCAUUUUCGAAUUCGAAUAAGAAUGAUUUGGAUAGAGCGCAACGUGGAAGUAAAGAUGUUAUCAACCAAGAAUGCAUGAAAUGGCUGGAUUUACAACAUAACCGCAGUGUGAUCUAUGCGUGUUUAGGAAGCCUUACACGACUAACACCACUGCAGUUUAUAGAACUCGCUUUAGGCUUAGAAGAUUCACAACUUCCGUUUAUUUUGGUGGUGAAAGGUGGAAGUAGAACAGAAGAAAUAGAGAAAUGGUUGGGUGAAAAUGGGUUCGAGUCGCGAGUAAAAGGUAGAGGUGUUUUGAUUCGCGGGUGGGCACCGCAAGUUUUAAUACUGUCCCACCGAGCUGUGGGUGCGUUCUUGACACAUUGUGGAUGGAACUCAACUAUUGAAGGGGUUUGUGCGGGUGUCCCAAUGAUCACAUGGCCACAGUUUGCUGAACAGUUUUUUAAUGAAAGAUUGGUUGUACAAGUGUUGGGUAUUGGUGUGGGAGUUGGGGCUCAAAGAGUGUUUCAUUUAGAGGAUGAAGAUGCUGGUGUGAUGCAAGUGAAAAGGAAGAAUGUUUGUAAAGCUGUAAAGAUAGUUAUGGAUGAAGGAAAAGAAGGAGAGGAAAGAAGAGAAAAGGCUAAAUAUUUGAAACAAAUGGCUGAAAAAGCUAUAGAAGAUGAGGGUUCAUCUCAACUUAAUUUAAACAGGUUUAUUGAAGAUAUCAGGCUACACACACAAUUAAGGGUGUUGUAGGAUAAGUUAUAGCAAUUGCUUGUGAUUUAUGAAGAUUUAUGUGAUAUUUUGGUUUAGAGGAAUCUUGUGUUUUUUUUAUGGAUUUGAUAUGAAACUAUGAUUAUGAAAAUGAUAUACUUGUAAGGGUGUACAUGAAUUCUAAAACAACUCUUUUGAUA